AUGGACACUGAAAUCGUCGCUCCUGGAGAAAAAGUCGAGCUUCAGCCUCUGCUUAUUGACCCUCGCGAUUUUGGCUCUCGUGCUAUCCACACUCGUCCCAGUAUAAACCACCACAACAGCCUACAUACGCGCCAGGAGCGUUUUGGUCCUCCUCCUGGUGAACGGUCCAAUGUUGCUAUUCAAACCGCUCACGUUGCAUCGGUCAGUGUCAAAACUCCCGCUGCUCAAUUGGUAUAUGACCACUUUAUAAGUUAUGCAGCUCAGUUGAUGGCAGAAAGAGAGUCUUCACUAGAUAAUGCCAUUCAGUUUGUCGAUUUCAUCAUCGAAACGGUCAGGAUCAGCUCUGGAUGGUCGGACGCUGACCGCAAGAAACAAUUUGAAAUGGCGCUGGCCACGAUUGACCAAAACGCUUUGACUGAACCCUUCAGUACCGACAAAUACGUCGAGCUCAACCAAUUAGCCGAGCAGUUCUUGAUUGCUCAGAAUACCCCUGCUUCUCCCAAUAGUCGAAGGGCAGGUGGUGGAGAUGUGGUUGUGGCACGGCCAAUCCCCUCCAUGUUCAGCACUGAAGAAGUCUCCAGUAUCCGAGGCAUGGCUCCCAUUCUCUAUAUCUCAGACCCAUUAGCCAUAAACGAUGAAGAGGACGGUGACAGCGAUGCUUUUUACUAUGAUGAUACAUGUACACCUUAUGGAAGUGACACUGAUGAGUCACCCAUUCUUAUGUCUCGUUGA